UUUGAGAGAUUAUAGAUGUCUCUACUAGUGACUAUUAUUAAUUCAUCAUGGUGGAAGCAAAUUCCCUGAAUUUAUUAUAAACCCACAAAAAUGCGAAAAUCUUCGGAAAAAUGCUAGAGAUGGCAACUAUGGAAUAUCCUUAGCGAGAGUGGAAAUUUAUCAAUAUGAUUGAUGCAUUGUUUCAAACCAUUACUCAAGUGACCGGCUAAUCAAACCACAAGAUUCUAGCUACAGUACUGAGUGGUCAUUGGUCAUUUGAUCGCUGACUUCUUUUGCUGCAUUGAAACCAAGAAAAUCGCUCUUGGUCAGAUAGUAGUAUAGUACAGUGCCAUUUAAAAUGAUUGCUCAAUGUUAUGCAGAUAUAAGAAGAUGAUAUAAGUCUGCGGAAAAGAACGAGUACCAAAAUGUUGACCAUAUUUUGAAACAAUCAUUGAUUUGAACAGCGUCAAACUUUGUGACCCCCUUUCAAAUAUUUAUAUGGGGAUCACAGCCAAAGUUAGCGCAAUGGCCAGUCAUCGUUUCAAAAAGCAUGAAGCCAAUUAUAAACAGGCGGAUGGGACGAUACGAGCGCAUUCUCAGAAUAGUGGACAGCCCCAUAACUUCCAAGGGGAAGAGAAUCCAAACAACUUAGUCUAUAAAAAGAUGGAGAAAAUUAUAGAAAGGAUGCAGGGAGAACAGAUCGGCAUCCCAGUCCGCACCGUCAAGAGCUUCAUGGCCAAGAUACCCAGUGUUUUCACAGGGGCUGACCUUGUUAGCUGGAUGAUGAGGAACUUAGAUGUUGAUGAUAUAGCCGAAGCUCUGCAUUUAGCGUCACUUAUAUCUUCCCAUGGUUACCUAUUCCCAAUAGAUGAUCAUAUACUCAAUGUAAAGAAUGACAACACUUAUUACAGAUUUCAGACUCCGUGUUUUUGGCCAUCUAAAAGUGGAGAGCCAGAGAACACUGAUUAUGCGGUGUAUUUAUGCAAAAGGACAAUGCAAAACAAGCAGCGUCUAGAACUGUCUGAUUACGAGGCGGAGAAUCUAGCUCGGCUACAGAAAACGUUCUCCAGGAAAUGGGAGUUUAUAUACAUGCAGUCAGAAGCCCAAGCUAAAGUUGAUAAAAAACGAGACAAAUUAGAGAGAAAAGUAUUAGACAGUCAAGAACGGGCAUUUUGGGAUGUGCAUCGACCUAUGCCUGGCUGUGUGAACACAACAGAAGUAGACAUAAAGAAAGCAUGUCGAUCUACAAAACCAGCUAAAAGUGUCAAACAUAACUAUAGUGUGCCGGGGGGUAGGAUCAGUCCUAGUGUCUCAGAGGUAGACUUGAAGAACCCUGAAGGCUUACAAAAAGAGCUCCUCACUCUACGCAAGCGUCUUGAGAGGCGUCGAAUUAAAGUUUCUAAAGUAGGCGAAAGUUAUCGAAGUUAUUAUGAACAGUACUCUGAGUUUGAUAGUUUACUGACCCCUCAGGAGUGGCCCAACCCCUGGGUUUUUGACAGUUUGGACAUGUGGGAGCAGGACAAAUCAACGAAAGAUGUACCUACGCGGCGUGUGAAGCGCUGGGGUUUCUCUGUUCAGGAACUGCUGAAGGAUCCCGCAGGGAGAGAUCAUUUCGGCAAAUUUCUCGAGAAAGAAUUUAGUGGAGAAAAUUUGAAAUUUUGGGAAGCGUGCCAAUAUUUAAAGACCCUUCCGAAAAGGGAGGUCCCUGAACAUGUGGAGGAAAUAUACAAUGAGUUCCUUGGACCCGGUGCUCACAAUCCAGUAAAUGUAGACUGCAGGGUCAUGGAACUAGUCAGAAAUAAAGUCAAUACAAAACCUGAUAGGUACUGCUUUGAUGAUGCAGAGGAACAUAUAUUUCACUUGAUGACGCGAGAUAGUUACACUAGGUACUUAAGGUCUGACAUGUACAAGGAAUACAUGGGCGGAGCCAAGAAAAAGCCCACACGCUCCAUAAUUCCUAAGCUCCCCAGCUUAAGUAUCGGCGGAACCUAGGCCCGCGCAGCUCACGCCGCAACUUGCAAUUUUUGUCGACAGUAAAGAAACGCUUUGCCAGCGAGGUAAGAAAGGUGAUUACCUCGGCUGUCGUGAGUUCUGCACUCUCCGCUGCAGCAGCGACCAAUAGUGCACCUGGGCAGCACACGGUUGCUACACCAAUAGAUUAGCUAGACAGCAGAUAGGUGGCACUGGGAUGAGGCAACUCGUUAGCGUGACUCCUAUGAAUCCAACCAUAAACGCAUUACGCAUCGUCAUAGGAACAUGAAAGUUUUGUCAUUGUGGUCAUGCUUAUCGCAAACUUUUCUCGAAUGAAGUACUUUCUAUGUAACAUUAAAUGUACAGUUCAAUAUGGAGUGGUGAUUUCAUUCCUGUAAAGGCUAAUUUUUUCUCUUCACUCUUGGACAUGAAAUCAUGACUACCUUGACAUUGCUGCUAUAGAUACAGUAACCACUAGCAACAGUGACCAAUAGUUACCACUAGCAAGAAAACAUAAACUGAUAUUAACAGGUGUGUCAUAAAAAUGAUUUGUGCUACUGGUUAAAAUUGAUUAAAGUACCAGUUGCCAUAUUGCUUACUUGCAUGCUAAAAAAUCUAAAUGACCAAGAUUGAACUUACUGGCUCUGGCGCAGUUUCUGGGCUGUGCUUACGUCACACGCUGUAUCAGUGUAUAGUUAAUGCAUGACCAAGUUAAAAUCAUGUACAGGCAGCUUAAAUGACAGACUACAGUACCUUGGAUUUCAAGUUGCUAACACACUACUCACAUUAUAACAUAUAGGCCUAUUGCAACUUGAAAACAAGGUUUGUUACAAGCUUCAUAGAUAUCGCAACAUUAUGGUUUCACUUUUAAUCAAAAUGUGUAUAAAAUUGCAGUCAGUUCAUGUACAUAGUAAACAACAAAACACUGACUCAACAACUUCAAGUCAACCCAAGGAACAUUUUCUGCAAUUUUAGUGUGGGGUUAUUAAAUUUUUGUUAAAGGUAGAGUCAGAUCUAUAGGGGUGGAAAAAGUACAAGCAACAUGUACAAUUGACCUAUUAAUCU